GAACUAUUGAGGAGGCUGCAAGAAACAAUUUCUUACCGUUGUCUGAGUUCUGACCAGCUCACAUCAGUAAAGAGAGAAGAAGCGAGAGCGACAGUAGGGAGGAGAAGGUGUUCACCAUUCCUGGAGAAGAGAUUGCUGUCAGGGACUGGAUUGGAGAGCGAUGAGUGGACAAGUGUUGCAGACAUUUGGAGGUCUAGUGCGGAGAAAUAUGGAGACAGAGUUGCAGUGGUGGAUCCAUACCAUCAUCCCCCAACUACUCUCACUUACAAACAGCUGGAGCAAGAAAUACUGUAUUUUGCUGAAGGGUUGAGGAUGGUGGGGAUGGAGCCACAAGAGAAGCUUGCUCUUUUUGCUGACAACUCCUGUAGGUGGCUUGUUGCUGACCAAGGGUCAAUGGCGAUGGGAGCAGUUAACGUUGUGAGGGGGACAAAGUCAACUACUGAAGAGCUACUACAAAUAUACAACCAUUCUGACAGUACUGCGCUUGCUGUGGACAACCCUGAAUUAUUCAGUCGAAUUGUCGGGACGUUUUGUUCAAAGGGGGCGACAGUGAAAUGUGUCAUUCUUCUUUGGGGAGAGAAACCAUGCUUGAGUGAGUUUGGAAUAGAGGGAUUGCCUGUUUUCACUUACCAAGAAAUCAUUGAUUUGGGACACGAAAGCUACAGAGCCUUAUCUGAUUCCAUUCAUACAAGGUCAAUGUAUGUACAUGAAACCAUAAGCUCUGAUGAUGUUGCUACGCUUAUGUAUACGAGUGGAACCACUGGAAAUCCCAAAGGUGUCAUGCUUACACAUAGAAAUCUAUUACACCAGAUUAAUAAUUUGUGGGACUUGGUUCCUGCUGAACCUGGGAACAGAUUCUUAAGCAUGCUUCCAUCUUGGCAUGCAUACGAACGAGCUUCCGAGUACUUCAUUUUCACACGAGGUGUCGAGCAAGUCUACACAACUGUAAUGAAGUUUAAGGAUGAUCUGAAGCGUUACCAGCCCCAUUACAUUGUAUCUGUUCCUUUAAUAUUCGAAACGCUGUACAGAGGGAUUCAGAAACAGAUUCACUCCAAGUCCAUGCUUCGUAAGGUUGUCGAGCUUGCACUUAUAAGGGUCAGCUUAACUUACGUGGAGAUGAAGCGAAUCUAUGAGGGGAUGUAUCUAACUCCGAAAGAGCAGCAGCCAUCGCAUAUUGCUGCCUUGUUAGACUGGCUAUGCGCACGAAUGAUUGCUGCAAUAUUGCUUCCAUUGCAUAUGUUGGCUAAGAAGGUUGUCUACAGCAAGUUCCACUCUGAUAUCGGAAUAAGAAAGGCUGCCAUUAGUGGAGGUGGCAGUUUACCUUCACAUGUUGAUAGAUUCUUUGAGGCGAUUGGGGUGAAUUUACAGAAUGGUUAUGGAAUGACAGAGACAGCUCCAGUUACUGCAGCUCGACGACUUAGUCAUAAUGUUCUUGGCUCAAUUGGGCAUCCGAUUCGUCACACGGAGUUCAAGAUUGUAGAUGCUGAGACUGAUGAAUCUCUUCCACCUGGCACAAAGGGAAUAGUAAAGGUCAGAGGUCCACAGGUGAUGAAAGGUUAUUACAAGAAUCCGCGGGCAACAGAGCAAGUCCUGGAUAAAGAUGGCUGGCUAAACACUGGGGAUAUAGGAUGGAUUGCUCCUCAUCAUUCAAUAGGGCGGAGCAGAAACUGCGGUGGCAUUGUUGUACUUGAAGGGCGUGCUAAAGAUACUAUAGUCCUUUCAACAGGUGAAAAUGUCGAGCCCUUGGAGAUUGAAGAAGCGGCUAUGAAGAGUAAUCUUAUUCACCAAAUUGUUGUUAUUGGUCAGGAUCAACGCCGUCUGGGAGCUAUAGUUGUCCCGAACAAAGAAGCAGCAUUGUUGGCUGCUCCAAUGGCCUCGACUGAGGAUGCUGAUACGGCUGCACUCACCAACGAUCAACUGACAAGGUUGAUUUACGAUGAAUUGUGUACCAGGACAACAGACUGCACGUUUCAGGUCGGCCCAGUACUGGUGAUCGACGAGCCUUUCACGAUUGAGAAUGGGUUGUUAACUCCAACCAUGAAAAUCCGAAGGGACAGAGUGGCUGCUAAAUAUGAACGACAGAUUGACGAUCUCUACAAGUAGUAAUAUGCUUGUUAAACCGUUAAUGGCGUGGCGGCCAAGUCAAAAUCUUGAGGAAAUUGGAAUGAAUGAAAAGUUUUGCAAAUGCCUGCAUUUCAUAGCUUGGUGGGUGCUUGUGUUGUUAUAUUAUUCAUUGUUUCAAUUGAAUUAGAGAUUUAAUAGAAGGUCAGCAAUCAGAAAUCUUCGGGUUUCGUUACAUGAUUAAGUCUAGUUCAACUUAGUUUUAAGGUAAUCAAAGA